AUGUUGCUCCUAAUUCUCCUUCUAACCGAAACAUCCCCUCAUCCAAACCCUUCCCUCUCCAAGUGUCUCCACUCAAUUACCACCAAAUUUUCGACCCAAUUUUCAACCCUUUGGCUAUCACACAACCAAACUGAUCUUUUCGACUCAAACUUCGUCAAAAGUGUGUCCCAAAACCGCCCAAUCGCCAUCUCCAGCGACUUUAACCCGAAUCUGGACCAAAAUUUUAGGCAAAAAAUCGCCAACUAUCUCAUUGAAGCCCCAGACCACCUCCAACUCGAAUCAACGAUCCAGAAUCUCAAAUAUUUACACUCCUGGAACUCCAAAGCCCGCUUUAUAAUCGGAGUUGACAACGAAACCGAAACAAAUUUAGCAAAAAUGGUGGAAAUUUUAUGUUGGUACCCCUACAAGAAGUGUCAAAACGGUUACGACAAGUUACAACUCAUUGACACCUGUCAGUUUGGUUUUAUGACACGUGGUACCAACCUAUUCCCGGCCAAAAUCCCCAAAACUUUGAGAUUUUGUAAAUUGGGGGUGGGGGCCGUGGUGUGGCCCCCUUACGUCAUGUCGCCCAAAAAAAGGGUUGCCAACACCGAUCGCUACGUCAUAACGGACGGUCUUGAAGUGCGUCUCAUUCAAACCAUAAGUAACCAACUUAAAAUGAACGUGAGUUACACGAUUUCGGAAAAACCCCUAAACUGGGGACAUUUGUCUGUCAAUGGGACGGGCACCGGUCUUAUGGCACUCCUGCGUCAGAAAAAAAUCGACGUAGGCAUUGCAUCACUCACACCAACUUUCGAAAGAUUAAAGUUUUUCGAAACGAGCCAAUCAUAUUACUUUGAGUCGUUCCGGUGGUGCGUCCCGCACGCGCAUGCGCAGCCAACUUGGCGCAAAAUACUGGACGCAGUUAGCGCCGAUUUAUGGGGCGCGUUUUUGGUUUCUUUUGCUGCGUUCAGUUGGCUGCUCUGGAAUUUGAGUCGGGGACGGGCCGAAACGACCUAUCGCAGUUUUGCCAACUGUUUAGUAAAUUUCUACGCAAUGGCGUUGGGCAUUUCGGUGCCUUCGUACCCCAAAAGUCAUUUUUUACGUUGUAUAACCUGUUUCUGGUUAAUUUUUUGUUUCAAUUUCGCCAUCUUGUAUAACACGAGACUUGUCAGCGUCCUAACUAGGCCAACUUAUGACGCACAGAUUAAAACAAUGGAUCAGGUGGUUGAAAAUAGGCUGGGUUUGCUAUUUCCGUCGAGUUUUUUCAGCCAUUUUGAUAAAAAUCUCUCGAUGAGUGACGACAUUUUGAACAAAAGUCUCGAAUGUAGUGACAUGAGGGAUUGUUUCAAACGAGUCGCCUAUGACCGAGACAGCGCCCUCUGUCUGUCAUCGACGUACAUUUAUUACGUCAAAAAGUCAUACAUUAGUGACAAUAAGCCCCUUAUUUAUUGCUUCCCGAAUAAUAUUGCAACAUAUCCUGUUGUUUUAUUGAUGAAGAAGGGGUUUCCCCUAAAAUCCCGCUUAAAUGGGAUCAUUUCGCGGCUUGUAGAAGGCGGUUUUGUGGAUUUUUGGGCGCGUCAGGUCUACAGUCACAAGUGGAAGAGCGAGGAAAUGUCAAAAUUGAACGCAACUAGUGACAGUUCUUAUGUCAAUAUGGAGCGUCUCAAAUCGGCUUUUUUUAGGUCCCCGAUUUGUAACGCAUGUUACGCCACUGUGGCCAUGAUCACUUAA